UUAAUAAGCUAAUUGAUGAAGCACCUGAUAAUUGAUAUCAGUUCACUUUGAAAUUUUAAUAGGCAAAACUAUCUCAAUAAGUGUCAUAGAAAAUGAUGUUCUGAACUGUUCUGCCUAAUGAUGCAGAUGGACAUGAAGUGCUGAACUUGCUUAAUGAUGCAGUCCAAGCUGUAAAUACAAGAACAACACAAGCUACAGAACAGUAUAUAUACAAGGAUGGAAAUGAAGUUGCAUCAUUCUUCACCCAUCAACAAUGGCGAAUGCACAGCUCAACGUGAAAUUCAUCACAAACAGAAGAGGCGGCCAAAACUUAUCCUUUCAAGGUUUCAUCUACAGAAUUCACCGAAGAACAGACACCAAGCUCUUCUGGAGAUGUGUUGUUGCAGGAUGUUCAGCAGGCCUCUCCACAGAAAACAACGUUCCCGUAGGAUUCGGAAGACAGCUCCACGCCCAUCCUGCGGAUCACACCGAGGUUGUUGCCAAACAGAUCAUGAACCAGAUUUCAAGGCGAUGCACAGAAGAAGUGAAACCCAUACCUUCAAUCUUCACAGAGGAACUCAACAAGCUGCGAGACAACGAGUGGGAUGACACCAGCAGAGAAGUCAUCGAGGGAUUGCCAACCUUCAACACGGCCAGGUCAUCACUUUACAGAGCUCGCCGGAAACAGACUCCACCACUUCCAAAGACAGCUGCUGACAUCCGACUUGAGGGGAAAUGGACAGAAACAGAGACAGGGGAAAAUUUCCUUCUUCUAGACGACACCGUUCACAACAGUAGGAUCCUAGCAUUCGCAACAACGGACAAUCUACGAGACCUGGCAGCUUCAGAGACCUUUUUCUGUGACGGGACAUUCUACACCUGCCCCAGCCUAUUCCACCAGAUCUACACCAUUCAUAUCCUGAGUGAUGAUGUGAUGACACCUGUUGUGUAUGCCCUGCUACCAGGAAAGAGUCAAGCCAUCUAUACAAGAUUCUUCACCCAUCUUCAAGAUAAGAUCAACGACCUUGGCCUACAGUUUCUACCUACCUGUGCUCUAGCAGACUUCGAGACAGCAGUCCACAACUCCAUCAGAGAAGUGUUUCCGGGUGUAACAACCAAGGGUUGUUUUUUCCACUUCACACAAGCUAUUUGGCGAAAAGCUCAACACUCAGGACUACAGAUUCCCUACAAAGAAGACGACGACGUAAAGACUCUGGUUAGACGAGCAGCAGUUCUUCCCCUUGUUCCACUUGACUGCAUUGAAGACGUUUGGUUCAGAGCCCUAGAAGACAGAGAUGAAGCUGACCUGACACAAGCUACAGAAUCCUUUACAGACUAUGUGACAGAACAGUGGGUGAACGGUGACAGACUUCUGUGGAAUCAUUUCGGAACGGAGGGACCACGGACCAACAACAGCCUGGAAGGAUGGCAUGGAAAACUCAAAAGAAUUGCACAGCAUGCACAUCCCAACAUCUUCGUCGUGGUGAAGAUGUUCAAAGACAUACAGAAUGCAAAAGAGAUUCAAAAGAUUCAGAGAGAAGCCGGCGGAAGUAUUAGACCUCCAGCGAAGAAGUAUGCAACAAUAAAGAGAAGACUGCAGCUACUGAAAGAAAGGUAUCAGCAAGGCAUCAUAGAUCUUAUGACCUACACAGACUCGGCAUCUGAACUUCUGCACCUCGGACAGUGAUCCCUUAUUUGUGAUGAAACAUGAAGACUAAAUGACUUGUUAAUAUUGUAAAUAUGUGUGAUAUGAAAGUGAAACAGUGCUAUUUUAUUCAUAAUAUAAAAAUAAGUGCUGCUAUACAAUAGAACUUUAAUAUAGUUUAUAUUUUUAAAAAUGUUUGUGUAUAUAAUAUUUUUAUUUAAAAAUAUGCAUACAAAAUAUUUAUUUAUACCAGUGCUCACUGCUCAAAUAAAAAAAUGAAAUAAAAACUUGUUCUAUUUUAUUUAAAUUCUGGUUGAUUAUUCAUACAGGUAAGUCUACCUGUACCCCUUAGAGGGCCCCUUAAUUGAGUGUGAUAAUGACUUGUUGUUUUAUUUCAGUAGCCGUUCGGAGAAUAAA